AUGGGUGCAAAAGCAUAUCCAAAAUCGACCUUGAAGAAGAUUGUCAAGGCGCACUCCAACCAUACACUGAAAAAGGACGCCGACGUGUCGAUCUAUCUGAACUACGUACUCUUCAUGGAGAGUCUCAUCAAAGAAGCGGCCAUUCAAUCCAAGCAGUCGGGCGAAAGAGGCCUAACCACCCGCAGUGUCAAAAAGGCGACCCGAGAUAUUCUUGCCAAAUUCAAGGGCUGA